AUGAGUAAGCGCAAGCUGAAGGAGAACUGUAGGGAGAGUGCUGAGCACGUGUCACAGGCACAGAAAAUUCUGCGUGAAAGAUUCUGUCCCCACUGUGCUACUGGAAAACUGUUUGCAAUGGAGCAGCAGUACAGACAUUUGCUGGAGCUGCUGAAGAGAACCAUACUGCAUGGAGAGAGUAAUUCUGCCCUCAUCAUUGGACCACGAGGAUCAGGGAAGACUGUGUUAUUAAAACAUGUCUUGAAAGACCUCCAGGAAAUGAAACAAGUUAGAGAGAACCUCUUGGAAGUUCACCUGAAUGGACUUCUGCAGACAAAUGACAGAGUGGCCCUGAAGGAGAUCACCAGGCAGCUGAAACUGGAAAACGUGGUUGGGGAUAAAGUCUUUGGCCUGUUUGAAAAUCUUGUUUUUUUUUUGCUUGAAGCUUUAAGGAAAGGAAAGAGAACCACCAGCUGCCCAGUCCUGUUUGUACUGGAUGAGUUUGACCUCUUUGUCCAUCACAAGAAUCAGACUCUUCUCUACAACCUCUUUGACAUCUCCCAGUCAGCACAGACUCCAGUAACAAUCAUUGGACUCACCUGCAGGCAGGAUAUCCUGGAGCUGUUGGAGAAGAGAGUGAAAUCAAGGUUCUCCCACCGACAGAUCUACCUGCUGAAUUCCUUUGAUUUCAGGCAGUACAUUAAGAUCUUUAAGGAACAGCUUUCUCUUCCUGCUCAGUUUCCCUCUGAGGCUUUUGCACAAAAAUGGAAUCAGAAUGUUCAGCAUCUCUCAGAGGACAAGGCUGUGAAGGAUGUGCUGCAGAACCUUUUCCACUGCACCAAAGAUCUGCACUCGCUGCGUAUGCUCCUGAUGUUGGCUGUGAGCACUGUGAGUGUGCAGCACCCUCUGAUCACUGCAGCAGAUCUUCAGGAGGCAAGCAAGCACCUCAGGAUGGACUCCAAAGCAACUAUUGUACAUGGUUUGUCUGUCCUGGAGAUCUGCCUCAUCAUAGCUAUGAAACACUUAAAUGAGGUCUAUGAAGGAGAACCAUUUAACUUCCAGAUGGUCUACAACGAAUUCCAGAAGUUCAUCCAGAGGAAGGCACACUGCAUGUAUAACUUUGAGAAGCCAGUUGUCAUGAAGGCAUUUGAGCACUUGCUGCAGCUGGAGCUGGUGAAGCCCCUGGAGAGACCCGGCGUGCGAGCGCAGCGCGAGUUCCUGCUCAUGAGGCUGCAGCUGGACAACAAGCAGAUCAUGGAUGCCCUGCAGGUGUACCCCAACUGCCCCACGGAUGUCAAGCAGUGGGCAGCCUCCUCCCUCAGCUGGCUCUGA